AAGGUAUUUAAUUUGCAAAUUAGUUUAGAGUUUAGUUUUUGUUAAGGUAAACUCGUGAGCUAGCUCUUUUUAAGUUCGUGAGUUGGCUUGACAAAGUGGCCAGGGACACAGCUCGACCAAUGAUUUAUGAGCGAUUCGAACUAUAGCUUAUGAGUUGACCGAAUAUGAUAUACCAAUAGAAUAUAUAAACAUGGGAUGAAUUGUGUCAUUAAUUGACUAUUAUUCUUUUUCAUCAUGUCAUUUCAUAUGUAUCCUAUAGGGUAAAUGUCAAGUUUGGUCACUGGGUAUACUAAAACGUGUCAUGUUUAGUCACUGGAAAAAAUUUAUAUCAAUUUUGGUCACUCGAAUUAGUAAAACGGACCACGUUUAGUCACUCUACGUUAACUUUAUCUGAUGUGGCAGUCAAUUCUAAAGUAGACUACAAAACUCAUCAACAUUGCUACAAAUUUCAUGAAGCAUAUCGGAAAGACGAAAAAUCAUACUAGAUACCUCAUAUGCUGACUACAAAUUUUCGAAAGCAUGUCAUAAAGCUCAUAAUAUAGAUAAAAUAAAUAUAUGUGAAACCACGUGUAACUCUCAUGAAGCAUGCCAGAGAACACACCAGAACCAACUCUCCUUGUCUCUUGUUUGGAAUUAUGUCCACAGUCGCUUGAGGAGCAAUCAAAACUAAAGUUUGGUGGUACGAAAGGCUCCGGCGGACGGACGCUCUUCCGUGGCGGAAGAUUGCUUUGAGGAAAAUUGUUACGAGUGGAUCAUGUGAAGGACAAGUUUUUUUUGGUUCAGAAACUGAAAUUGCAAGAGAGAGAUGGAGGAAAAUAUGUGACGGGAACUAGCUUAAGAUUAUUGUACCAUGUCAGGUUACACCCAAACUAAGCACCAAAUAGCUACUUUAUAGUGAAUACUUAUUCACUAAUGUUUUUUUGUUGAUCACAUAAUAAUAAUAGAAACACAGAUGGUUUGUGUACUACUACAACACUUACACGGUCGCCGCAUGCACAGGCCAAAUUCACCUUCCUGAUCACUCACGGUUUACACGUGUUCAAUUUUAACGAUCCUCGGUAACUUCUCGACUCAACCUAUUCUUAACACAUUCAUAGUAGAAGCUAAGCUAGCUGGUCCCCGCCCAGAUUCUUUCGUCUCCUCAAUUUGCCUCACUUACACUCUCAGUAUAUAUCCCCACCGCACCACCGCUAUCUUCUCCAUCAUCUCUCUCUUCUACUUUAAGCCAGUUUCCUUUUUACAGAAGAAGAGGAAAGAAAGCUCCAUUAUAUUGCUUCCUCCUCCGCAGACAGCAAUGGAUGCCACCUUAUCUUCCUCCUUCCUCUCAUCAACCACACUCCUCUCCCCUCCUCCUUCCCCCCGCUCCCACUUACUUUCCCCUUCUCCUCUCCACAUUUCCUCCCUCCGAACCGAACCAGCAACCUCCUCCGAUGCCGUCAAAACGUCACCACCGCAGCCCUCUAAAAACCCUACAAAUUCCCCCACCACCCGAUCAUCGCCGCAGCGACGAUCAAUUCGCGUGAGGCAGCAGCCUUCCAUGCCUUCCCUCAUGUUCAACGCCGUCGACGACUUCAUCAACACCUUCGUCGACCCUCCCCACAAGCCCGCCACCGACCCGCGAUUCGUCCUCUCCGGCAACUUCUCCCCCGUCGACGAGCUCCCUCCCACCGAGUGCCACGUCAUCCACGGCUCCCUCCCUCCCUGCCUCGACGGGGCCUACAUCCGCAACGGGCCCAACCCACAGUACCUCCCUCGUGGGCCCUACCACUUGUUCGACGGGGACGGCAUGCUCCACGCGCUCACCAUCUCACGCGGCCGCGCCACGCUCGCCAGCCGCUACGUCAAGACCUACAAGUAUUUGAAAGAACGCGCCGCCGGGGCCCCGCUCCUUCCGAACGUCUUCUCCGGGUUCAACGGCCUCACAGCCUCGGCAGCGCGUGGGGCUCUGUCCGCCGCGAGGAUAGCUACCGGACAGUUCAAUCCGGUUAACGGCAUCGGCAACGCCAAUACCAGCCUGGCAUUCUUCGGAGACCGUCUUUUCGCUUUGGGAGAGUCGGAUCUGCCUUACGCCGUCAGAUUGACGGAGAAUGGCGAUUUAGUGACCGUCGGCCGUCACGAUUUCGACGGGAAAUUGGGGAUGAGCAUGACGGCGCACCCGAAGACAGAUCUACAGACAGGGGAGACGUUCGCGUUUCGGUACGGCCCCGUGCCGCCGUUUCUCACCUACUUCCGAUUCGAUUCGGAGGGGAAGAAGCAGCCGGACGUUCCGAUUUUUUCAAUGGUGAGCCCGUCUUUCCUCCACGACUUCGCGAUUACGAACAAGUACGCCCUGUUUGCGGAGAUUCAGAUCGGGAUGAACCCGAUGGAUAUGAUUUUCCGGGGCGGGUCGCCCGUUGGGGCCGACCCGAACAAGGUGCCCCGGGUCGGGGUGAUUCCGCGGUACGCGACGGACGAGUCGGAGAUGAAGUGGUUCGAUGUGACCGGGUUCAACCCGAUCCACGCGAUCAACGCGUGGGAGGAGGACGGCGGGGACACGGUGGUGCUGGUGGCGCCGAACAUCAUGUCGGUGGAGCACACGAUGGAGAGGUUGGAGCUGAUCCACGCGCAGGUGGAGAAGGUUAGGAUCGAUUUGAAAACGGGGACGGUUAAUCGGGUCCCGGUUUCGACCCGGAAUUUGGAUUUCGGGGUGGUUAACCCGGGUUACUUGGGGAGGAAGAACCGGUUCGUCUACGCCGGUGUCGGGGACCCGAUGCCGAAGAUCUCGGGGGUGGUGAAGCUUGACGUUGGGGACGAGAUGGGGAGGAACAGGAAAGAGAGCACGGUGGCUUGCAGGAUGUUCGGGCCGGGUUGUUUUGCCGGGGAGCCGUUUUUCGUGGCGAAGAACCCGGAGGCAGCGGAGGACGAUGGGUACGUGGUGACGUACGUUCACGACGAGAUAAAUGGGGAGUCGAGGUUUUUGGUGAUGGAUGCUCAGUCGCCGGAGCUUGAGAUUGUGGCGGCGGUGAGGCUGCCGCGGCGGGUUCCGUACGGAUUUCAUGGGCUGUUUGUGAGAGAGAGCGACCUCCGAAAGGUAAGGUAAAGGUGUGCCGAGUGAAAAGAGUAAAUUCAGAAUGUGAAGGGAUAAUUACUGCUAGCUACGUAGAUACUGUAAUAGUAGUUGUCAUUAUCGAGUAUAUCUGUAUAUAUGUGAUAUGUACGUGUACAUAUAGAAUACGUUGUUUGGAAUGCACAUUUAGGUGUGAUAUUUAGCCUUUAGGUACAUCUCACACAUAAUGUGAAAUUUGAGUAGAAAUGUUAUGUUUGGGUGAAAAACAAUAUAUGAUAAUUGAGAUAUGCUAUACUUCAAAUAUUAGGAGUAGGGGUCAGUACUAUUUCUGAAAUUCAAUGAUAUUGUGUUUUUUUAAUUUCCAAUGGUUCUCAAAUAUUAGUAGACGAACCGGACACACUAAUUAUCAUAAUCGUCCUCAAUAUCCUCAUGCUUUUAUUUGUCAUUUACAUCGGCAUUCGGCAGACAUAUCAAUCUCCAAUUUAUGUUUUCUUAGAGCUGGGAAACAAGAAGGUUAGUUUUGUUUUUAUAAUAAGAGAAGAGCAAAUGGGUGUUUAACUAAUUCAGUGUGGAAAUAAAAAAAUACCACACUUUUUUAACCCUUUCUAGAUAUCAUAUUUGAUGAAAUAUCACAUGCUAAAUGUUCUAAUAUGGUAAAACAUGGUAAUUUUCAACAAAUAUUACAUUUACCCAAAAUGCAUUCCAAAUCAAGCAUAAAUUUUCCUCUUUUUCACAUAUACUCCAAUAAAGUUACUUUUUUUUUUUUUUUGAUCGGACAAUAAAGUUACAUUUUAGUGAUGAUAAACACUGCAAUUCGAACAAAAUUUCAUACAUAUUGAUUAUUGAACGUCAUGUUGGGCUCCACCCUUUCACUUCUUAGCCUUUGGGCUCUGGAACAAUUACGCGUAGGCUUCAACUCCUGAAUUGCUGUAUAACUUUUUGGAGGCCGAUGGCAGUAAUGGGCCUUAAGCCCGCUGAGAAAAUGAAUGACACGUGCUGUCGUGCUCCCAGCUCCCAACUCCCAUAUGCAGUGCAAGAAAAGAACUCAACAUUUCAGGUUGUGCUUCAUCUCAAAAACAUCCACAUUUACGUGGUAAUGAAAAUACAAUUGUAUUGAUGGAAGUAUCAAUUGACCAAUUAACUACCGAUCUACAGUAACCAACCACUUACACUAAAACAGUAAACCACGUGUCCCUGGUUGUAAGUUGUAACUAGUUACAUUGCUGUGAGACUUGGGACAAAACGACAUCCUAUUAUUAAUAAAAUGCGUUGAUCAAGGAAAAUAAUGGCGUUCUAAGAAGUCUAUUUUUGCUUUCCAGAUUCAGACAAAACACCACCAUUUCAACACAUAUUAAUAUCAAUGGUCAAUGAAAUUCCAGAUUGGUU